AUGACGUACGGGUACCCUACCACAGCCAUCGCUGACGGAGCCAGGCAGAUGGAAUGCCCAAUGCGGGUUCUUCCUGACAGUCCUGUCGAUCCCGACCUGUUUAGCAGCGAACCCGGGUCCGGCGACGGGAGCUCAUCGGCAGCCUCUACCUACCGCUGUCCUGUGGGAUGGGACCCUGCGUUGAUUGAAACAUCUUCUACUAAACGUACGCAAGCUACCAAGCGUGGUUUUUUUACCCCGAGAGGGAUAAGAAAGGGGCCCGAAUAUAACUACGAGUUCGUCAGAGACAACAGCGGCCAUGUAGCUCCAGCCAUGGCUCUCAAAGACCUUCCCAGACGACCAUUUAACCCGUACACUGAGCCAUGGGGUCAAUAUCAGGUGCCUUAUCAGCCAUGGUCGCCUGGUUAUUCUACUCCUGGAGGGUUUGAACGCCCACGUGGCUAUCUCGGCAUACCUUUUAGGACCGCGGAGGAAGAAGCUGAGGAUUCUUCGCUAAAGGGCGAGCCUUUUAAGUCUGCCGGGGAAGCAGAAAACAAGGCAUCAGCAGAGAAGGAGGGGGAGAACACGACAACAAAACAGAAGCAGCCGCCCGCCAUGGCUACUUCUACUGUGGAGGUGGAAAACACUUCCUCUACCCCUACCUCCAAUUCUGGUGGCAAUUUCGACGAUACCAUCACCAGGGCCAGAGCUUCACUGGCGCUGUCAGCUAUACUGGCAACAGCAAAAAUAAACACAACGACCGAAACGGAUUCAACCAGGCCAGCGGAUGCAACGGGUGUAACUCCGUGGCAGAGAAGCACAACCCCUCCAUGUCCCCAAAAGAAGCCAAUCCGCAAACCAGAAGAUGACCCGCGCGAACAAGCAAAGACCACAAUCCAACAUGGCUUCGACCACAGACGCCACGAGAAGACACAAGCAUGUCAGAAGUGGAAGGAGGAGUUAAAAGAUCUAGGAUUGGAUGAACUAAAGGAUGUGGUGAACAAAGAAGUGGAGAAGUUGUUGGGUCUUACAACGCUCGUAGACGACGUUAGGAAGGCGCGUCUGGAUCACAAGUAA